CGAUAAACACGCUGCCGAUGUGCUGCCACUUAGCUCCGGCACGACUAGCCACGUCGUCGCAGCACUGCUUGUCCUGUUCCUAGCAUCUGUUCAGCCUCAACGUGAUUAAGUAUUCCGGUCCUCUUCCCUCACUUGAUUGCUUUAGACUACGGCAAGAUGGCAACCACCGAGAGCAAGCGAGAGCGGAAGCCGUCCACUUCCGCUCCCAUCACUGACUUCCAGGGUCCUGUUGGCCCGGAAGGCAUCACAAGGCCGAAGCACAAGCGGACCGUCACAGGCUUUGGUGCUCAAGAAAUCAAGAGUGUUGAGGCGAGCAUUCCUGAGCCACAACGAGCGGCAUGGAAGAAGUACUCGGCCAAAGAAUUCACGACCCCGGAUGAGUUCGAACAGGCGGUCGUCAAGCACAUCGAAACCACUCUCGCCCGCUCCCUUUUCAACUGCGAUGAGGCCGCCGCCUACUCCGGCACAGCUCUGGCCUUCCGUGACCGGCUGGUCAUUGAGUGGAACCGCACGCAACAGCAGCAGACGCUCGCUGACCAGAAGAGAGUGUACUAUCUUUCCCUCGAGUUCUUGAUGGGCAGAGCGCUAGACAAUGCCAUGCUCAACGUUGGCAUGAAGGACGUAGCCCGCAAGGGUCUCUCGGAGCUCGGCUUCCGUAUGGAAGACAUUGUCUCGCAGGAGCGAGAUGCUGCGUUGGGUAAUGGUGGUCUGGGUCGUCUUGCGGCUUGCUUCCUCGACUCCCUUGCUACGCUCAACUACCCGGCUUGGGGCUACGCUUUGAGGUACAAGUACGGUAUCUUCCGGCAGGAGAUCAUUGAUGGCUACCAGGUCGAAGUGCCGGAUUACUGGCUUGACUUUAACCCGUGGGAGUUCCCUCGCCAUGAUGUUACCGUGGACGUGCAGUUCUACGGCAAUGUCCGGAAGUACAUGGACGAGAGCGGUAAGCAGGUCAGUGUGUGGGAGAACGGCGAGAUUGUCACCGCUGUGGCGUACGAUGCGCCUGUCCCCGGCUACGGGACGAGGACAACGAACAACCUGCGUUUGUGGUCUAGCAAGGCCUCCCACGGCGAGUUUGACUUCACGAAGUUCAACUCGGGUGAGUACGAGGCAUCCGUAGCUGAUCAGCAGCGUGCGGAGACCAUCUCCGCCGUGUUGUAUCCUAACGACAGCCUGGAGCGUGGUAAGGAACUCCGCUUGAAGCAGCAGUACUUCUGGUGCGCUGCAUCACUCUACGAUAUCGUCCGCCGCUUCAAGAAGUCAAAGAAGGCGUGGAAGGACUUCCCGAAUCAGGUCGCCAUUCAGCUCAAUGACACCCACCCGACGCUCGCCAUUCCUGAGCUUCAGCGUAUCCUGAUUGACCAGGAGGGCCUAGAGUGGGACGAAGCAUGGAGCAUUGUACAGUCCACUUUCGGCUACACCAACCACACCGUGCUUCCGGAAGCACUCGAGAAGUGGUCUGUGCCGCUCAUUCAGCACCUCCUGCCUCGCCACCUUCAAAUCAUCUAUGACAUCAACCUGAACUUCUUGCAAUACGUCGAGCGUAACUUCCCCAAGGAGCGCGACAUGCUGUCUCGCGUAUCGAUCAUCGAGGAAUCCAAUCCGAAGAUGGUGCGCAUGGCUUACCUCGCGCUUAUUGGCAGCCACAAGGUCAACGGUGUCGCCGAGCUGCAUUCCGACCUCAUCAAGACUACGAUCUUUAAGGACUUCGUCAAGAUCUAUGGCCCAGACAAGUUCACCAACGUCACCAACGGCAUCACGCCGCGCCGCUGGCUGCACCAGGCGAACCCGCGUCUCUCCGAGCUCAUCGCCAGCAAGUUGGGCAGCUACGACUACCUCCGUGACCUAACGCUCCUCCACAAGAUCGAAGCGUAUGUCGACGACAAGGAGUUCCGCAAGGCAUUCCAGGACAUCAAGUACGCCAACAAAGCCCGUCUUGCAGCGUAUACGUUAGAAGUGCAAGGCAUCAAAGUCAACCCGAAGGCUCUCUUCGACAUUCAGGUCAAGCGUAUCCACGAGUACAAGCGCCAGCAGCUGAACAUAUUCGGCGUUAUCCACCGCUAUCUCGAGCUCAAGGCGAUGUCUCCGAAGGAUCGCAACAAGGUGCAGCCGCGCGUGUCGUUCUUCGGUGGUAAGGCGGCGCCUGGUUACUGGAUGGCGAAGACGGUCAUUCAUCUCAUCAACCAGGUCAGUAAGGUCAUCAACGCGGACAAGGAGAUAGGAGACCUGCUCAAGGUGGUCUUCUUGGAGGACUACAAUGUCAGCAAGGCGGAGAUCAUUAUUCCGGCUAGUGAUAUCAGUGAGCAUAUCUCCACGGCUGGAACGGAGGCUUCCGGCACGUCGAAUAUGAAGUUUGUGCUCAACGGUGGGCUGGUUAUUGGUACAUGCGAUGGUGCGAACAUCGAAAUUACUCGUGAAGUCGGCGAGGACAACAUUUUCCUCUUCGGCAACCUCUCCGAAGAUGUCGAGGACCUACGGCACCAGCACUUCUACGGCGACUUCAAGCUCGACCCCAUGCUCCAGAAAGUGUUCGACACCAUCAAGUCCGGCAUGUUCGGUGACGCCGGCCAGUUCUCGGCUCUGGUCAACUCGAUUGUGGAGCACGGAGACUACUACCUCGUGUCUGACGACUUCAAGUCGUACAUUGACACGCAGAAGCUCAUUGACGAGGCGUACAAGGACCAGGAGGCGUGGUUGACCAAGACUAUCACGAGCGUGAGCCGGAUGGGCUUUUUCAGCAGUGACCGGUGUAUCGAUGAGUAUGCGGAGAUGAUCUGGAAUGUCGAGCCUUUGACACCGCCGAAGCAGAAUGGUGCAUGAGGGAAAAUGAAAUGACUGUUAUGCGUCACGGAGUAUGGUUGAGAAGCGAGUGAAAAGUUCGUUUGCGUUUGGUGUCCGGUAGAUCUCACAUAAUACAGUAGACAGUCUACUAGUCCUCCUUGAAACGAGAAACCGACUUACUC